AUGAACCCUCACAGUCGUUGUUACGUCCCCGCCGUCGUACGGGCAACAUUCCAAGAUCCAGCGCUACCACUACCACCCGCCGGCUGCAAUAUUCCAAGACCUGUCUCCGACUACGGCAACGUUAACCCAUUUUACGCCGACACCGGUUAUUCCCUUGGCAUGGAGGUUCCAGCACCGUGGGACCGGUGGUACUGCUACCGCGGCAGCCGCCACUUCGUCCAGCGGACCGCCGAGGAGCCCGUGCCGGUGAUGUCCGCUGCUCCGGUCUGCGACGGCGGCAGCACCCGUGACGACGAAAAAAACUCCACGAGGGUUCCUACUACUAAGUACGGUCCCUAUCACGGUUACGACAAAGAGAUCGAAGACACCCUCCGGACCCAGGAGCGCGAAGCCAAGCCGUCCCCGGACUACCUCGAGACGACGCAGAGGGGUCGGAUGAGCCAGGACGCGCGCGCCGACCUCGUCAGCUGGAUGAAAGCGUUCACCCGGCACUACAACGACGACCUCGCCCCCGGCACGCUGCACCGCGCCGUCUACUACGCCGACCGGUUCCUCUCGGUGCGGUCCGUGGAGGACGUCGCCAUGCACCGGCUCUACCUCCUGGGCGCCGCGGCCGUCUACGUCGCGGCCAAGUACGAGGACCAGGGAACCGUCCGCAAGCUGAACGCCGAGAAGGUCGCUAGAUACUACGGCCACCGCAGCGGCGGCUUCGCGUCCACCAAGCAGCAGGUGCUCGACAUGGAGCGCGCGCUGCUCGUGGCGCUCGACUACCGCCUCGGCCGCCCCACGGCGUACACGUUCGUGCAGCACUUCACCCGCCAUUAUGGCCAAGCGGAGGUGGAGCAGGACCUCCGCUCCGCGGCGCAUGACUUCGCGGACAUGUCGCUUCUCCACUACAGCUGCCUCCAGCACAACCCGUCCGCCGUGGCUGCGGCGGCCAUGUUCCUGGCGAGGCUGACGCUGAAGCCGUGGUACGGGCAGAUAACGCGUUCCAACAGAGAGCUCAGGGAGCUGACGGGGUACGAACCCCAAAAACUGAAGCGCUGCGUCGAAGCAAUACACUCUCUGAUUCCUCAAUAUGGUAAUGGCUCCUACAGCGACAUCGACCUCUUUCCCAUGUUUUAUGCGGUUGCGGCGGACCCUAGGUAG